AUGACUCUCUUGUUUCGGGCCAGUCUUCAGCGACUUAACGACAACCACUAUACGGAGAUUGACCGUUGCUUCGCAGCUCUUGCGCCAUUACGUACCCCUGUAGAGCCUGAUCUUUUCAGCCAGAAGUCUGGCUUCAGUCUUGCGCACUUGGGAAUUUCAAUCGGAUCCCCUAAACAAGGUAUCUCAUUCGUCUGCACAUCAGAUGAUGCGCUCCGCCGAUUGGGCAGAGUCCAAAUUUUGAUUUGUGACACAGUCUUCACAAUUCGCAAAUAUUCAAGUUACCAUACGCUGUAUUCCGUGGAUUUGCAGCGGCUGCCCGCUGACGUGCCCGACCUGGCGAUCUAUGAUUGGUUCAUCGCACGCGGUGCUCGUCUUAUCUUGAUUACGCCCACGCAAGUUCUAGGUGAAUUGAAGUCGCGGGCACGUACCGUCUACUUUAACUCAGUCGCUUGCCCAGGGCCGCUGUUUGAACCUAAUGACGAGCCCCUUCGCGAACUUUUCUUCUUUGAAGGGGAAAGAUCUUGCUAUGUGCAACAUCGGCUUCGUCGCUACAACCGCGUCAAGCCUCCUUCUCUUCGGCCACCUCCGCGACCAGCUAUUAAGGUUUCGGAUACUUACAUGUAUAUCGAUGCUGGCGACGUCUCGCCGGUUGCUGUGCCCACAACCGCAUCUUCUUCACACGAUACCUCGCUGACGCCGCCUAUACGCACGUAA